CCCUGACCCCUCCCUAUCCGCCCCAUUAGGCUCCCCUUCCCUCCCAUCACAGCCGACACCCCUCCAUCAGAGUCUUUCAUUUUCUGAUCCAAACUUUAGAGAAGAGAGAGGAAGAGUUGAGCUUUCCAACGAUGGGUCGAACGACAUUGUAUCUCUUUCCUACCCCGAGAUAACACACUUGGAAAAAAUCGUACAUGUGUGCCUUAUAUCUCAGCCUUGGCAAGGGUAUAGGGCUCGAGCUUUUGCCUGCGAUCUGGAUUCAACAAGUUCUUGUUAUAGUAGAAGUUUCAAAGCAAAGAACCCUCAUUUAGACAGUUUUUGCUAUGUCGUAGGACUUUUGUCCACGACUGUAGAUAUUUCUUCAAAAAUGACAUUGGUACUCAUUUCCAACAAAUCAGAAUCUCUGAUCGUUUGACAAAAGCAAUGUAUAAACAACAUUCUAGACACAUACUAAUAGAUGAACAAUUCCGAAAUAGUUCAGACGAAUUUGAAUAGAUGCCUUUCAGAUUUGAACCUCACUAUGCAAAUCUUCUUCAUAGAACCAUAACUCUCAUUCAGCGAAUAUAGUCGAGCGACGAUUAUGUUUCGGAGCGAAACUUUUGAAAAAAUACGCAUCACGCUUUCAGUGCUUUGAACAUCGAGAUAAAACGGAGAGUAGAGACCAUCGAAUUGUUUUCAGAGUGAAGUAGUAUGUGAUUAUUAUUAAAUAGCGAAGAAAAGAAUUUUAGAAUACUGUAUUUGACUGAAGUGUAAUCGAGAUAAAUUGUAAUGGAAUUUGGAGCGUGUAUCACAUUGGCGUUGUUUAUCUGGUUAUAGUCAUCGUUCAUAUUCAAGUUUUGCAUUACAUUAUUAUCAUUUAUCAAGAUCAGAUCAAAUGAAUUUAUGUUGUUCAUUUGAACAUUUGGUCACAGUUUGGAUUGAUACAAUUGAUGAUUUGAAUGAAGAAUCUCGUUAUGAAUAUUCACGUUGUUUUGCUCAUUUUGAUCGAAAAAAUUCUGUACAAUAUAUUUAUUCCUAUUCAGAUCAAAUUCUUCAUGUUCAUGCUAUUGCUAAAGAUCCAAGAUCAUCUCUUAUCGCUCUUUUUGACAAAAGUUUUCUUCAUUUUUAUUCAUUUUCUGAUGGCAAAUGUCAUUCACGUCAAAAUUCUUUAUUUCGACGUGUCACAUCAGCUGCAUAUAUACCCAAGGAUAAAUCAUCUGCAUUUGUUCCUCUUCAACAUUCAAGAUUAAUCUUUUAUAUUCCACAGCAAGUAAGAUCUUUCAAUUCAACAAAUAUAUCUUAUUUUAAACAAAUAGAAUGA